GUCUCUCACAUACACCUUAACAGAGAAGAAAUAAAGUUCUGAGAGAGAGAGAUGGAGAGCUUUCCUUGUGAAUCUGAAUCUUGGGUUUCCUCCAUAAUCUCGAUCCACCAAAACUCAGAAGACGAAACUUUGGAAAGCCACCAAAGCAAUACUGGGUUUCUCAACCAAGACGAAGAGUGGUCAAAAUUGAAUAUCAAUAAAAAGAAGAACAAGAAGAAGAAGAACCAGGUUUUGCUUGAAGGGUACGUGGAAUCUGCCGAUGAGGACGACCUAACGAGGACCAAAAGCUUGACGGAUGAGGAUCUCGAUGAGCUUAAAGGGUGCUUGGAUCUUGGCUUUGGGUUCAGUUAUGAUGAGAUUCCUGAGCUCUGCAACACCUUGCCUGCGCUUGAGCUCUGCUAUUCCAUGAGCCAGAAGUUCAUCGACGAACACCAGAAGUCGCCAGAUAAUGCUGAGGCUGCAUCCACGGACUCUUGCCCGUCCGUGUCGAGCCCGAUUGCCAAUUGGAAGAUCUCUAGUCCCGGCGACCAUCCAGAAGAUGUCAAGGCAAGGCUUAAAUUCUGGGCGCAGGCUGUGGCAUGUACCGUUAGAUUAUGCAGCUAAAUAAAAUAAUGGAUCCAUCAGCAAAGGGAAAACAUUUUCUUUGCAAUUGGAAGUCAUUAACCUGGACUUUCCUGUGGAGCUUGUGCUCCACUCAUCCCGCCAGGUCGAGCUUUACUCAGGAAUGAACGUUCCUGCUAUUUUUUAGCUGGAGUUGGACCUGCUAAAACCAAUUGACAUAGGCCGGCUGUAGUGAAGAGAAGAAAGAGGAAGAAGAAUCAGGUUUGAAUUUAACCAAAACCUAAACGAGUCUGACUUAAUUCUUCCAAGAUUAAGAUAUAUUAUGUGAUUAUUUUUAUCCAGCACUUGAAGAUGUACAGUUAUCUGAAUAAAUGUAUCCAUCUUCAGCGUGUUAAUUUAUAUUUUUGGCUAUGUUCGUGUGUUCAUUUUAUUGUUAUUCAAGUGUUAUGUGAGGCUCUGAACUCCAACCUUAGUUGGUUUUAUGCAGCGGUGUGAACCUUCAAUUAGAUCUUCACCAGCUUCUUUGCAGACCUCUGCAUUUGCUGAGGUAACUAACCUAACUGAAUCGACAAUGUGUAAUUCUCUCGGUGCUCCCUAUCCUGACCCUUAUGGAUCUAUGAUACUGACGAUGCUCAACUAUACUAACUUAUGUUUAUCCAUCCUAUGGAUAGAUGAAUUCCCAUUCGACUGAGGCUGCAGGAGCAGCAAGAAGUGGGGGGAAAAGUGGAGAAAAGGAGUGCUAACUUGUACAUCUUCAUUCAAUUCGCCAUUUCCACUUGUUCUCCCAAUUUCCUGUCACUUCAUCUAAGAACAAUUAUAUUGAUGUAUCAAUAACUGUGUUCUGACUCGGAUGUUGAAAAACAUCUUAAGAUAGCAAUGAAAUCCAAAGAACUCGUGGUUUUUGGACGGGUUCUGCUUGUUUUGCCA